ACCUGUGAAGGAAGGGGAGUGACAACCAUAAUUAAAGGACCCCCAAGCCUUCAGCGCCUCGGAGUCCAGCCCUAUUGCCAAACGGAGAGGCUGCGAGGAAGAGGGAGGAGCCGAGGAGCCCCCUCCUCCCCUAUCUCCCUCCCUUUCCCGCCCAGGAGUGGAGCCUCGCUCCUGCGAAUCCGGGCUCCUGCAAAUGCGCUGGGGAGGGGGCGGCUGAGCGCGCGCGUGUGUGUGUGUGUCCCCCUCCCCCUCCUUUCCCUUUUCUCCGCGUGGCCGUUUCCAGGGCUGCGGCAGGAGCCCGAGAAGCCCCUCAUUCGUCCUUUCUCCGGGCCCUAAAGGAUUUACUGGAUGAAGAAGAGCUCGCGCGUGGGGUGCUCGGCGCGGGGCUCUGGCACGAGGCGAAGAGGCUUCAGCUGACGAGGUUUGACUAAGGUUACUUUGGUUUACUGGGGCACACUCUUUGAGCCUCAGAGAGAGGCAAAGGCAAAUCCUGUGAUAGGUUGGCUUUAGGAUCACCAUGUCGGAAAUUACUUGAAGUCACACAAAAACAAAGUGCAGCAUUUGGAGAUGACAACCAAAAGGAAAAUUAUUGGCCGACUGGUGCCAUGCCGAUGUUUUCGAGGGGAAGAAGAAAUAGUCUCAGUGCUUGAUUACUCCCAUUGCAGCCUUCAGCAGGUGCCAAAGGAAGUUUUUAACUUUGAACGGACAUUAGAGGAACUUUAUCUAGAUGCCAAUCAAAUUGAAGAGCUACCUAAGCAAUUAUUCAACUGUCAAGCUCUGCGUAAACUGAGUAUCCCAGACAAUGACCUUUCAAGCCUGCCAACCAGCAUUGCCAGUUUAGUUAAUCUUAAAGAACUUGACAUCAGUAAAAAUGGGAUCCAAGAUUUUCCAGAAAACAUAAAGUGCUGUAAGUGUUUAACAAUAAUUGAAGCCAGUGUCAAUCCUAUUUCUAAGCUCCCAGAUGGUUUCACCCAGCUUUUAAACUUGACCCAGCUGUACUUAAAUGAUGCCUUUCUCGAAUUUCUUCCAGCUAACUUUGGAAGACUUGUUAAAUUACGAAUACUGGAAUUACGAGAGAAUCACUUGAAAACUCUACCAAAGUCAAUGCACAAACUGACACAGCUGGAGAGGCUUGACCUAGGCAAUAAUGAAUUUUCUGAGCUGCCUGAGGUUCUGGAGCAAAUACAAAAUCUAAAGGAAUUAUGGAUGGACAAUAAUGCCCUUCAAACACUACCUGGGCCUAUAGGAAGAUUAAAGCAGUUGGUAUACUUGGAUGUGUCAAAAAAUAGGAUAGAAAGUAUAGAUAUGGACAUAUCAGGAUGUGAAGCCCUUGAAGAUCUACUGUUGUCCUCCAACAUGCUGCAACAACUGCCAGAUUCUAUAGGGCUUUUGAAAAGGCUUACUACUCUAAAAGUAGAUGACAAUCAGCUCACAGUCCUGCCCAAUGCCAUUGGAAAUUUAUCUUUAUUAGAAGAAUUUGACUGCAGCUGUAAUGAACUGGAGUCUCUACCUCCCACCAUUGGCUACCUGCACAGUCUGCGGACGCUAGCUGUAGAUGAAAAUUUCCUGCCAGAACUGCCCAGAGAAAUUGGAAGUUGUAAAAAUGUAACAGUUAUGUCUCUACGGUCAAACAAGCUGGAAUUUCUUCCUGAUGAGAUUGGUCAAAUGCAAAAACUCAGAGUCUUAAAUUUGAGUGACAACAGAUUGAAAAAUUUGCCUAUCACUUUUACAAAGCUUAAAGAACUUGCUGCACUCUGGCUCUCAGACAACCAGUCUAAGGCCCUUAUCCCUCUUCAAACUGAGGCACAUCCAGAAACAAAGCAAAGAGUGCUGACUAACUACAUGUUUCCUCAGCAACCACGUGGUGAUGAAGAUUUCCAGUCUGACAGUGAUAGUUUUAAUCCUACACUAUGGGAGGAACAGCGACAACAACGUAUGACAGUUGCCUUUGAAUUUGAAGAAAAAAAGGGAGAAGAAGAAAACGCAGGAAAAGUUAAGGAAUAUUGCACUUUGGAAGGUUUUUAUCCCCAGCGGCAUGCUACUUCUGAGGUUGAAAUAAACUUAAAGCGAUAUCCAACUCCCUACCCAGAAGAUUUAAAGAAUAUGGUGAAAUCUGUUCAAAAUCUGGUGGGUAAAUCUCCCCAUGGAGUGAGACCUGAGAAUUCAACACCAACAGUCAGUUCAGAGCAAGCGAUGAAGGAAAAAUAUGAGCACAAGUGGCCAAUGGCACCAAAGGAAAUAUCGGUGGAGGACUCUUUUGUGCACCCUGUGAAUGAUAUGAGGAUAGCAGAACUUCGACCCUCAAUGGCUGAAGCACCAUUGUACCAACCCAAACUUGUUCUCUUGGGAAAAGAUAAAAAAGAGUCAACAGAUGAGUCUGAAGCUGAUAAAGUACACUGCAUGAACAACAGUGUUUCUUCAGGAACCUAUUCAGACUAUUCACCUUCACAGGCUUCUUCAGGGUCUUCGAAUGCUCGUGUUAAAAUGGGGUCUUUGCAAACUACUGCUAAAGAUGCAGUGAACAAUUCUUUAUGGGGGAACAGGCUUGUCCAAUCUUUUCCUCAGCCCCUGGAGACAAAGCCAUUGCUCAGCCAGCGGGACUCAGCUCCAGCAGGAAACAUGCAGCAGCAUAAUGAUCGGCGUCCGAUGAGUGACACCUUUGCUGACAGCUGGAACGAUGGCUCACACUAUGACAACACGGGAUUUGUGGCAGAGGAGAACACAGCGGAGAAUCCCAGCGCUAACCCCCUCUUAAGCUCCAAGUCAAGAAGCACAUCUGCUCAUGGACGCAGGCCUUUAAUUCGGCAAGACCGGAUAGUUGGUAUUCCCCUUGAGCUUGAACAGCCCGCUAUGAGAAACACGCCUGAAUCAGAAGUGCCUCCAUCAAACCCUUGGCAGAACUGGACCAGAACCCCUAGCCCUUUCGAAGAUAGGACAGCCUUUCCUUCUAAGCUGGAGAGCACGCCAACCGGCAGCCCUUUGCCUGAUAGGAAAGAUCACGUGAAAGGCUCUCCUGAAAUGAGUGGCACUUUCCCCCCAGGAACACAAUGGGAGUAUCAUGAUCCAAAUGCAAACAGGAGUCUUGGUAAUAUGUUUUCACAUAUUCAUUGUCACCCAGAGCCUUCUAAAAAUAUUAUUUCCAUCAGCAAGAGUACAGAAAGGCUUUCCCCAAUGAUGAGGGAUUUGAAGACAAACAGAUUUAAAAAGUCACAAAGUAUAGACGAGAUAGAUAUUGGCGCUUAUAAAGUUUAUAAUAUACCACUAGAGAACUAUGCAGCGACUACGGACAAUGCAGGAAUGCACGAGAGGUCAGACAAAAUGAUGGGGACAGAACAUGGGAUGUCUAGCAUGUCUCGUAGCCAGUCUGUACCAAUGCUGGAUGAUGAGAUGUUGACCUAUGGAAGUGUUAAGGUACAGCAGCAACAAAAGCCUUCUGUGACUAAAAAAGUGUACCAGUUUGACCAAAGUUUCAAUCCCCAAGGAUCAGUGGAAGUGAAAGCGGAAAAGAGGAUACCACCACCUUUUCAGCAUACUCCGGAAUACAUUCCCCAGCAGACUAAAAAUGUCUCCAAGGAUUUGGUCAGCCCAAGAGCCUACCGUGGAUACCCACCCAUGGAGCACAUGUUUUCAUUCUCUCAGCCUUCUGUUAACGAAGAGACUGUCAAUACUCAGUUUUCAAGUCAGGGAUCAAGGGCUGGAUAUCUGAGAAGAGCCGAUUCACUGGCCAGUUCCACAGACAUGUCAAUGUACAGAAGAGUCAGUGAGCCACAGGAACUGCCGCAGAGUGAUAGGUAUAACAGACAUCAGUAUAGAGGAGCUAUGGAGCGCCAAAGCAGCAUGUCAGUGCCUGAAUCCCAGUUCCUCAAAAGAAAUGGCAGGUAUGAAGACGAACACCCUUCAUAUCAAGAAGUGAAAGCCCAGUCUGGAAGUUUUCCAGUUAAAAACCUUACACAAAGGAGGCCAUUGUCUGCAAGAAGCUACAGUACAGAGAGUUAUGGUACCUCCCAAACCAGGCCAGUUUCAGCUAGGCCUACAAUGGCAGCUCUGUUGGAAAAGAUACCAUCAGACUAUAACUUGGGUAACUAUGGUGACAAGCCUCCAGAUAACACUGAUAUAAAGACAAGGCCUACCCCUGUGAAGGGAAAUGAGAGCUGUGGUAAAAUGCCCGCUGACUGGAGACAACAGCUACUUAGACAUAUAGAAGCUAGAAGGUUAGACAGGACUGCUGCUUAUAAACACAACACUGUUAACCUUGGCAUGCUGCGCUCUGGAGGUUUGUCAGCAAUGCAUGCGGGCAGAAGCAUGACAUUAAACUUGCAGACUAAAUCUAAAUUUGAAAACCAAAUGCAUCAAGAGCUACCUCUACCGAAAACACCAUCACAACAGAGCAGCAUUCUAGACAAUGGACAGGAAGAAGUUUCAGCUGGCAGCCAAUGGAAUCCAUAUCCUCUUGGAAGGCGAGAUGUGCCACCAGAAACUGUCGCUAAAAAGGCAGGCAGCCAUAUCCAGACUCUGAUGGGAUCACAAAGUUUACAGCAUCGAAGUCGAGAACAGCCAUAUGAGGGUAGCAUGAAUAAAGUAACCAUCCAGCAGUAUCAGCCACCACUGCCGAUACAGAUCCCUUCACAGAGCGCGCGGGCACCGCAAGCAGGAAGAUGUGUCAUCCAGACUAAGGGGCAGAGGAGUAUGGAUGGCUAUCCAGAACAGUUUUGUGUAAGGAUAGAAAAGAAUCCAGGCCUUGGAUUUAGUAUCAGUGGAGGAAUAAGUGGACAAGGAAAUCCAUUCAAACCUUCUGAUAAGGGUAUCUUUGUUACUAGGGUUCAGCCUGAUGGGCCAGCAUCCAACCUACUCCAGCCUGGUGAUAAGAUUCUUCAGGCGAAUGGACACAGUUUUGUACAUAUGGAACAUGAGAAAGCUGUAUUACUACUGAAGAGUUUCCAGAAUACAGUAGACCUAGUUAUUCAACGUGAGCUUACUGUCUAAAUAUUUUUUAUAAAUAGUAAAAUAUGCUUAACCAGAUCUAAUGAUUAAUUAAAUAAAAAUUUAUAUAUAUAUAUAUAUAUAUAUAAGAAACAUUUUUGCCAAUUGCUGGACCAAUGGCAAACAUAGUGCCAAAUGUAUAAUAUUAUAUGUUAGUACCGAUCAUUCUGGGGGGAAAUAACUAUAUAAAUAUAACUUCCAUGUGAUUAUAUAUUAGUUUUCAUUGUAAGCCUCUGGCUAUGCAUUGGUGCCAGCUGCUAUUUAAUAUUCUUUUAAAUUAUUUCUGGAUGUCAUGUAAUUUCAGAACACAGAAGUACCCACAAGCUCUUUACAAAUUCUAAUGUCCAUCCAAAACACUGCCUCAAAGUUGUUCAUGCCUUUGGAAAGGACGCUACGUAAACAUUACAAUUCCAUAAAGACUGACAUAUCAGUUUUAGACCUCAACCCUGCAUCCCAUCCACAUUGCCUACAUAUCUGCAUCUGGGCCCAUGCUAUGCUGAGCCAUGUACAUUCCCCUCAACUUAGUGAAACACCCCUAAAGCCAAUCCAUAUAGCCAUUCCAUGCAUGCAGGGGUUCAUGCAUUAGAGGGGAAAAACAUAGACAACUAAAAGAAGAUAAAAUAUACUAAUUUGGGGUGCAAUCCUAUAUGUACUUGGCAGAUUUAUUUAAUGGGACUUCUACUUCUGAAGAAACGUGUAUUGGAUUGCACUUUAAAUCCUCUAUCAUUUUGUUUUGCUUUUCCAAUGCAAAUGCACCUUAGAAAAGAGAGUUAAAAUUUAAGACUGAUUCCCUCAUUAGGGGAGGGAAAAAGCUACAUGUUUCUAUGGAUAGGCUGAUUAUUAUUCAGAAAAUGUAAUUAUUCAGAAAAUGUGUUUUAAUAUUAAGCAGAAUAACAGAAACAAGCAUAGCAGAUAGAAUGUCUUUUUAAAAGAGAGUUUUCCUACAGCAGUAACUGAGUUUGCACAUUAUAUGCUGGGGUUAAAAACUUUGACUAAGUUUAACCACAAAGCAGUACCUGUGUUUCCUGACCCCAUGGUAUACUGGAUCCAAGCCAUUGAAGUCUUUAUUUCCUGACAGUUGUAUAUGAAAGCAAAUUAGCAAACAGUUUGAGUGUUUCAUAAGUUAUACACUAUACAGUAAGCCCUUAGUAUCUGCUGGGAGUUGGUUCUAGGACCCCCUGUGAUACCAAUUCCAUGGAUGCUUAAGUCCCACUCUUUUUUAUACAAUAGCAUAGUACAAUGGUGUCCCAUAUAUAAAAAGUCAAAAUCAAAAUUUACCUUUUUGGUUUUUUAAAAAAAAACUAUGGAUGGUUGAAUCCAGAUAUGCAGAAUCCGUAGAUACGGAGGGCCAACUGUACUCAAGUGAACUGUUGUUUCCAUACAGAGGAUUGCUACACAGAGAAAGGUAUCCCAUACAUAGACGUAGUUGGAUCAGAUAUGGGAGUGCACUGCAAAUAUAUGCUCAGCUCCAACAGAACCAGCCUCUUUUAAAAAUGAGGGAAUGUGGACCAGAGUUAGGAACACAGCAGAAGAACGUGGUGUUCAUUCAUAGGAUCUGCUGCAUUACAUGAACACUUGGAUCAGAGUCCGUUUGUAGCUGCUCCCUUCUAAAUAGCUAAAAAUGUUAGCAUUAAAGGUGAGUCUGUUUAUAAAUAACACCAUUAAGUCUUGCAUCUAUAAAUAAAACAGUCUAGACAAGACUCAGAUAUUUUGCUUAUAUUGAUGCCUUUAGUCCACUCACAUAGACACGAGAAGCAGACAGUAAAUUAUCUUGAGCAGUAGGUGUGCUAGUAUGACCAGGAAGGUUCUUUUUCUGUGAGUAUUUCUUUUAUAUAAAGUCUGCACGUUUUAUAGUCUAAUCCAGAUUUAACUAUUUUUGUGGUAUCAGACUAAGAGCAGAGUGGCUCUUGGUUUUGAAAGGUGACAGAAUAAGCGGGUGUGUGUCAAUGCCAUGCCAUGCUUCCAAAGACAAUUGUUCAACUAUUUAACUAGGGGAUCUCAGUCUGAAAUAAUUCGUUAUCAGUGAAAAGCACUGUAUAUUCCAAUUUGAGUAGAAAAAGCUUAAUUAUGUAUCAAGUGAAGCAGGCAUUUGUUGAUCCAUUUUUCAUGGGACUUUGUAGAGCCUCUAGACACAAUAUUUCAUCCACUGCUGAUAUUGUAUCAGAAACAGAUCUGAACACUUCUCAAAUAAUUUAUUCCAUAAAUUAGAUGAAACUUUUACAGCGAAAAAGGUUUGCUUUGAAUGGUUGCAAAGAUCACUACUCUUCAUUUCUUUCAUUCUAGAUCCCACACCUGUUUACGUAACCUCCAUCUGUCCUGACCAAUUCUGUUGUCCCACUUUUUCAGCUGCCUUUAAAAUGUUCCAGUUUCCUCCUUGCACUUGUUUUAGCUUGAUUUCUUAAAAGCCUUUGAAGAUAUCUCUCCCCCUCCCAUCACUACAGCAUUAUAAAGUGCAGGUAAAUUUGUACUAUGAAGUCAAAACGGGGGAAAUUGUCUUAAUCUAUCUUGAGUUGCAUCAGAAUGGGCUGUUUGGAUGUUUAUUCUAGCAGACAUUUAUUUGAGAACAAAACUAUAAAGACAUGCUAUCUCGCUGUGAAUGUCCAUAUUGGUACACAUCCAAAGACUCCUUUUUUGCUGUUGCUCAAAAGGCUUUAUUAAUGAAGCUCCACCAGAGAGCUAGACACCAAAGAUAUCUUUGACUGCUUCCCAGUCCAAUCAUUAUGCCAUUUCUUGUCUGGUAGAAAUGUAACUGAACCGAUAAGGAUGCAUUUUGAGGAGGCAGUAUCUUGUUCUGAAAAUCCAGAGCCUUGUUUCCUGGUCACUUCUACUUAUUUAUAUUUAUAAAUCAGAAACUAUUUCAUUUAUUCUCUCCCAUCACUCUCAUCAACCUGGAAUGACAAAGAAGGGUAGACCAAAGGUUUUGAUUACAAAGACAGAGGCAGUGUUUGGAGCUGAGGUCUCUUGGAGAAUGCAUAGUUCUAUGUGAGGAUUCAGAAAUAAGUGGCAGAGAAAGAAUUUGAUGGUAGUUGUGAAGGAGGAGAUUGAGCAUGGAAAGCAAAGGAAAUCUCAGUUCCUGGCAUCCUUAUCCAAGUUGCCUAGAAAUUCUCAGCAGACAUUUUGCACUAUUUUUGCAUGGGCACAUUUCCUUGUGAACAACCCACUGCUGUAUGAGAGCAUCGAAAUCUAUUAAGGGCCCUCUUGCAUGUACCUAAUGUUAGUCUUAUCAUUAAGUAUUUCAAAUGAAGACUUUUACUCAUAUGCUUUACUCUUUUGGAUCACAUUGAUUCCAUUGGAUUAAGAACAUAAGAAAUAUUAGCAUCAAAUAGCAUUCUUCCCCUCCUGCUUACCUAAGAUACAAUACUCCUGUUAGUAUCUUUUCCUUAUUCGUAACUCAACCUUGAAUGCAAAUCAGCAGAAUCUCUGGAUAAGUAACUUUUGGUGGCUAUCAUUCCUACAAUCCUUGGCUGUUAUUCAAGCUCUUAAAUGCAUAUGUUCAAAUGGAGCCUUAGUUCUCAAUUAAUGCCAGGUUUUCCUUCUUCGAAGCAAGUACAUAAUUUUAAGGAGAACAGGACAAGAAAUGUGGGGAAACAGUAACAUUUUUGUUGUUUUUGUUGGGCACCUUCAAGUUGUUUUUGACUUGUGGCAACCCAAAGAUGGCCAGAACCCUAUUGUGGGGUUUGUUGCACUCUAGCACUGGAUUAACCUUUUCAGCCAACACCACACCAGAGUCCAGUACUCCAACAAAAAUGUUUAUUAAAGAAAGUAUAUAAAAAGCAAAAAAAGCAAAAUAAAAAUGAGUCAGUAAAGAUAUAAAAUGCAAUUCUCAAAAGAGGCCAGAGUUCAGUAACAGCAAUAAAAAAUGCCAGGUUAAAACUCAAAACCCAGGAAUCCAAAAGCAUAACACUAAUCCAAAGGUAUAUCCAUGAACAUGAAGACAGGAACUUAUUCAAGGUAAUGUCUCCAAGGAUAUAUAGGCAUAAACAGGAACAUGAAACAGGAACCUUGACAAUACAUGAACCAAAAACUUGGAAUCAUAAACAGGAGACCGAUCUCCUUUAGCAACACUGGCUCCCCUGAAAGGCCGAAAGCAAACCACUUAAUUCAAUCCCUCCAAGACACCCAUGACAUCAUGCCUAACACAUCUGGACCUCAAGGUCCUAUCUCACAUCCUCUGAGAAUAUCUAGUUUGCCUGCUUUUCAUGCCCUGCAUUAUCAGGUCUAAUCUAUUCUCCCUUGAAAACUCCUCAUCUUCCCAAGGCCUUUUCUCAAGUGAACGGGUAUUUUCAUUUUCCCCUGUUGCCUGGGAAUGAGCUGAAGUAUCCAAAACAUUAGCCUUGUCUGCCUGUAAUUCCCUCCAAACACUCAACUCCUCAUUCAGAACCCAUCAUCCCUCUCAUCCUCUGAACAUUCAGAAAAAUCCUCUGAUGCUUGCCAGACCACAACAGGGUUUACUUGGCAAGAUUUGUUCAGAGUGGGUUUACCUUACUUUCUCCAGAAGCUGAAAGAGAUUGAGCUGCCCAAGGUCACCCAAACCUAUUCCAUGGGUGAAAUAGGAUUCAAAUCUCUAGAACCAUAAUACAAUGCAGUUUUAUCUGUAUUCAUAUAUACAUUUAAUUUCUUUAUUUGGUUUGUGGCUAGAGAAACCCCUAUUACAUGUCUGUAAGCAGAGUAAUCAGGUACUUUAUAACAUUGUUGAACAAUCCUGGCAGAUGGAUGAAAGCUAUAACAUUUUUCAGGAUAUAUUUAUAUGUCAUCUCUCCUGGAUUUAAGACGUUUUAUGUUAAAAUAGAAAAUAAUAUUUUUUUAAAAAAAUGCUUCAGUUCCAAAAAUAACAGGAACAUUCAUCAGAGGUAUGUAAAACAGGGUGUAUAUUUGGUUUAAGAGCAAAAGACCAAAGCUUGAAUUGAAACAGAUUCAGACUUUCCCAAAAGGAUUUAGUAUUCUCUGAAACAAACUGACUUGCUUUCAGUCUGCUUUGGAGAUUUGUAAGGAUGCAUAAUCAGUAUAAAUUUAGCCACUUGCAGCUAGUGCAUGCAUGAAACCAACACAAGUAAGGCUAGCCUUUUAAUGGCUACAUAUGUGGACCAGAGACCUAAUGGGUUUGUCUGGCCAUUUUAGCAGCCUUUUUCAUCAUGGCAGCAAAGAUAUUGGGUUUUUUAUAUAUGUAUUUUAAGGCAAACAAGGGUAUAUUGAGAUACAUAUUCUACAUGGCAUAGCUCUUGCAAGCGUUGAAUCUAUAUUACCUUUGAAUUCCAAAUUUCUUCUUCAGCCCAUCCAACAUUGUCAGGUUUUAAAAAAGGUAAAGGUUUCCCCUGACAUUAAGUCCAGUCAUGUCUGACUCUGGGGGUUGGUGCUCAUCUCCAUUUCUAAGCCGAAGAGCCGGCGUUGUCCGUAGACACCUCCAAGGUCAUGUGGCCAGCAUGACUGCAUGGAGUGCCGCUACCUUCCCGCCAGAGCGGUAUCUAUUGAUCUACUCAUAUUGGCAUGUUUUCGAACUGCUAGGUUGGCAGAAGCUGGAGCUAACAGCGGCCGCUCAUGCCACUCCUGGGGUUUGAACCUGGGACCUUUCGGUCUGCAAGUUCAGCAGCUCAGUGCUUUAACACACUUCGGCACCGGGGCUCCUUAAUCAUAUCCUGAUUAGGACCCUUUAUUGUAACACUACCCUGUCUCUCAUUUUUGACAAUGGUUUUAAGAAUACAUCUGUGGAAUUCAAACGUCAUGUUGAAAUGCUUACUCUCCAGUACCCACCUUCUCGUUGGAAUUGGAUUACACUGUAUUGAUUGCCAUAACGACAAUUCUGUUAGCAGCAAUACCCACAGUUUAGCUCUCUAUACAAACCUAUGUAUCAAGUUAAGACUGAAAGGACAAAGACAAACUGACAUUUUCUCAUUUUUGCCUCCAGUCAGUAUGACAGCUGUUCAGGGACAUAUUAGGACGAGACCACGUUGGACAUUAGUACAUAGCUUCUAAACAGUACUGAUGUUUCAGCAGAAGUUCAUUUUGCAACUAUGCAUGCGGCUGGGAUAUAUUCCUAAAGCAAAAAUUCUACAAAGCUGACCUACAGAACUGUAAUUUUCCAAAUCCCUGAAACAUUUUUUCUUGUAGCAGCAUUAAUAUCAUGUCAAAAGCUAUCUAAACUUCAGAUAGCUGCAUCCAUUCAAACUAGUCAGUUAAUAGAUAGAUGGAUGGAUGGAUGGAUGGAUGGAUAGAUAGAUAGAUAGAGGCAACUCUAAAGUUGUACCCAAUUCAUCAGACAACAAAUUGUUCCAUUACUAUUUUAAUAUAGGUACUUAUUGAAAAACAGCAGGCAGUAAACGCCAUCUGGAUGCACCUGUUUGUAUCUUAAAAUAAGUGGAAGCCGUCUUACUUUACUAUUUUUACUUUUUGAUGUUUUAUGCCUUCAACUCUAACUUAUGGUGAUGCUUUCAUAGGUUUUCUUGGCAAGAUUUAUUUGGAGGUUUGCCUUCCUCUGAGGCUGAGAUUGACUUGCUCAAGAUGACUCAGUGUGCUUCUACAGUUGAGCAGGGACGCAAACCAUGAGUCGAACACUCAAAGCAUAACAUUGCACUCAAUAUAUUCAUCACCUAAAAUCAAUGUGAUAACCAAUGCACUACUUUAAUCAUACACAACCAAGAUCAGUAGAUUCAGAGUUGUGUCUAAGAAACAGCUCAUACUUUGUAUUUGCUCCUGUAGAAAGAACAGUGUGUCUUCUCACACAUUUCUCAUCAUUGUCUUUAUCAUAGAAUACAUGUUCCCCAACAUUUUCCAGCUACACACGUCUCUCUUGGUUUCAGCCAGUUCUAUCAUAUCCCUGCAUACUACUCAGGACUUGCUUAUAAGCAACAGAUUAGUCAUGUUAUUUCUAAUCAUUAACCACUAUUCCAUUAGAAAUAUUGUGUGUAUGGAAAUCUGGAACAAAAGAGGCUCUCUAGAGAAUACCUACUUUUUUACACUGCCACUGCAACUGAUGUGAAAUUCUUCUAAAUUAAGCAUUCUCUUCUUGCAAAAAUCUGUGACACCUUUUCCUGAUUAAAAAGACUACUCAAAUAUAACAAGUUUGCAAGAGCACUGAGCUUUCUGACUAUAACAUGCCUCCCUAGGAAAUGAUUGGGAAACAACAGCAAAUGUUACAACAGUUGACCCUCUGCAUUUGUGGGUUUGACAUUUGCGGAUUUGAUUAUUUUCAGAUUUGAUUAAAAUGUUGUUGCUAAGAAGCUGACCACAGAGCCAUGCCAGAGAACCUAGAGAGAAACCCUCUCUAGGAAUGUCUUAAGUCCUUUGAGACAAUUCUGUGGUCAGUUUCCAGCAAAAGUUGAGUACAGAAUCAUGCAGAAGGAUCUAGAAAUUCCUAAAAAGGUUUUUUUUCAAAAAGGUGUUCUUUCAAAUAUUCACAUUUUUUCACUUUCCCAGGGGGUCUAUGCCCCUAACCCCAGUGAAUGUGGAGGGCUGACUGUAUGGUAUGCCUAUUCCCUUGAUAAAGUUCAGAGAGGACUACUAUUCAAAUGACCAGCUAGCAACACAAGAGUUUCAUGUUUAUAGCAUUUGUGUAUUCUCUAAUAAAAAAAGAAAAAUUUAUAUCUUUAUAGGGCAUUUUCCUUCUUUUAGGAAUUACCAUCAAAUAUUUUGAUUUCAUUUUCUUUCUCUUCAGUCACAGCUUUCAUUUUUUGCCUUGUGUUCCAAAUAGGAGAGAGGUACAAAAGCAACUUUCAGACCAGUUCUUUGGCUUGGAUAUAAAUGCAUUGAAGGUGGAAUUUUAAAAAGAGCUUUGCGAUGCUUGACAAUGCUGGGAGUCACAUCUGCACAGUGUAACAGUGACACCCAGAGGCAACGCAUAUUUUCCUCAGUGUACGGAUUUUUGAUAAUCAGAUUUCUAACUCUCUUUAUAAAAAAGACUUUUAAUUCACUUUUAAAAAUGAGUCCCCCUUCACAGCCUUUAGGAAUCUUUCAGAUGUGCAUUGCAUAUAAAAUAACUACAUGAAUACACAGCAUUUCACUCCAUUUAUAGUAGUAUUCAUGCCCCCUUGGAAAAGCUUUUAUUCUGAACAUCAACAAGCCACAGCAGUUUGGCACAAGAGGCUGAAUUUUUAUACAUUGGGGCCUUUCUUGCCUCUUUGCUAGCUUAGGUGGCAUAAUAUUGGGUAAGAGAAAAAGAAAUUUACAUUUUCUACUUGUGAGUACUGUAAUUGAGUCAAACCAACAAUUUACUUUAUUACAAAUUUUACCAUUUUAUAAAACACGUUUAAUUAUAGAGAUAGCUGUAUUGUAAUUAAUAUUUUGAAACAAUUGUGAUUUUGAGCUUAAAUUAUAUACAGAACUGUCAUUUUUGUAUGUGUUACAAAGAUUGCUAUAUGACAAAACUGUACUUUUCAGUUCAAUUACAGUAUCAUUGUAAAUAAGGCUGAAUGAAGAUUCAUUUACUACUUUAUGAACAUAGAUUGUGAAUGUAUUUCAAUGUUUUUUGCAGUAUACCGAUUUACUGAACUUGAAAGCUGCUUCAUUUUACGUGCAAAAAGGUACUUUAAAGCUCUAUUUUAAAGCAAUUGAUUCAGUGAAAUCAAUUAUCUUUAAUUUGCACAUGCAAGUGGUAUCCUUCCCAUUUUACUUGUGUAUUGACACUAACUGGUAAGGUGCAUAUUGUGUCUAGAAUGCAUUUUGCAGAUGCUUUCUGUACAUAAAAAGAAUACAGGGACUCAAACAAUGCUGUGCAGCGUAUAGCAGAGCCAUUUUCGGCUUUGAUGUACUCAACCUUUUUCAGUAUUUAAAAGAAGUGUUUUGAAUAAUAUAUUUAAAAGUCUAUUGUAUAAAUAAAGUCACCUUAUUGUAAGUA